AUGAAUUCCUGUGUAACUUUGGAGCAAAAAGAAGUGCUCCAGUCAAUUUCAUAUGAACUUGUUGUUGGUUUCAACUUCUCUCUAACCGCAAUUUCAUUUCUCUUCACAACAAUCGCAAUAAUCAAACUAUUAUCUCAAUCAAUCAUCCAAUCUUCCACCAAAAUCUUCUUGCUUUCAAGUUUAUUCUAUGUCUUCGUUCAAAACAUUGCCUACGGAAAAUUAAAAAUCAACAUGAUUUGGGAUCUAUUAUUCAAAAUGAAUGACUCAUGUUAUCCUUAUUAUAAAAUCACGGAUUGUUUGUUUAUUUUAAAAGGUUUGAUGAUGGCCUCAUGUGGACUUAUGGUAAAUCAAUCAUUUAUGAGUUUGGAUCGAAUAUUUCACCUAAUUUCUCCUGGGUUUUACAAAGAUUUGAGAACUAUUCCAGCGUGGAUAGCUGUAAUAGUAACAUUUUUUGUGAGUUUUUUCACAUUCGAAAUUCUCACAAUUGGUGAUCCUUUGGAAGGACAAGUUCUAACAUGCGCUUAUUUCCCGCGAAAAUCUGCGAAACAUUACGAACUAUUUCUAUCAACAAUUUUCUAUUUAUCAAUUGCCCAUUUUAUUAUUGAUACUAUAAUUUUCAAGUUGGUUCUGAUGAGAAAACAAAAAGUGAAGUGAGUUGAAACUACAAUUUCAAAAAUUCCCAAUUAAUUUCCUCCUCACAAUUAGCAGUUCCUUCAACAUGCUCGAAAAAUAUCACGCGAAGGAGUCCUUAAAAUCAAUUCAAUACGUCGUCUUGAUCUCAUCGGUCCAAUUUCUUGCUCAAGUUUUAUCAUCGUGGUGUGUCAGUGUAUUCUUGAAUGUUGGUACAUUUUUGUCAUCUUCGUACUAUGCAAUAACUUCUUCUCUCACCUACGUACGUUUAUUUUUUAAUUUAAUUUUGUGCAAUUAUAUUGCUUUCAGUCACUACCAUAUUUCUGUGUGAUUCAUCCAAUUUUAAUAAUUUGGAUGUUGAGAAGAACUCGAAUCGAGAGACAACAAAGCAUUCAAAAAAUGCGAUCACAAAGGGAAACACAAGAUGAACACAUGUCAAGAAUGACCGAUGCUUGGGCUUGA